AUGUCCAUCCCAUAUUCUUGUCUUCGUCUCAUCGCAAGCAAAGCCCCGCGUUCUCGCAAAACAUUCAAUCUCCACAUCCCUUGUUAUGUGAAGCCACACUCUUCUGCUCGCCGUACAGGUAUUACCAAUGUGGACAUUGAUAAAAUCGAGAUUGCCGUGGCUGCUGUUCCACGCGACGGGGCAGCUAAUAUUGCAGUGUCGCACAUCUUCGCAGAGAUCUUUAAAGUUUCAAAAUCGAGCGUGGGAGUUAUUCGUGGCGCGAAAUCACGAGAGAAAAUCGUGUGUGUGGCCGACCUGGAUAUCGGAGACGACGGCGAAGAAGCAUACUUGCAGCGUGCGACACAAAAAUUAGAGGCCGCUGUCAAGACACGAGACUCCUAG